AUGAAUCCAAUGAAUCCAAUGAAUCCAAUGAAUCCAAUGAAUCCAAUGAAUCCAAUGAAUCCACCAAUGAAUCCAAUGAAUCCAAUGAAUCCAAUGAAUGCAAUGAAUCCAAUGAAUCCAAUGAAUCCAAUGAAUCUAAUGAAUCCAAUGAAUCCAAUGAAACCAAUGAAUCCAAUGAAUCCAAUGAAUCCAAUGAAUCCAAUGAAUCCAAUGAAUCCAAUGAAUCCAAUGAAUCCAAUGAAUCCAAUGAAUCCAAUGAAUCCAAUGAAUCCAAUGAAUCCAAUGAAUCCAAUGAAUCCAAUGAAUCCAAUGAAUCCACCAAUGAAUCCAAUGAAUCCAAUGAAUCCAAUGAAUGCAAUGAAUCCAAUGAAUCCAAUGAAUCCAAUGAAUCCAAUGAAUCCAAUGAAUCCAAUGAAUCCAAUGAAUCCAAUGAAUCCAAUGAAUCCAAUGAAUCCAAUG